UGGGGUGCCCGUGGGGCCCCUUCCAUCCCAGAUGAUAAGGGGGUUUCAGGCCCACAACACCCUUGGGCUGGACACUGGUCAUCCUCAGCACCCUCAAGGAGUGAGCGUCUUCCCACGCCUUCCGAGCCUCGGGGCUUGCUCCCAACCCCCCACCCCCCCCACCCCACGCCUCUCGCUGCUGUCAGGUCGGUUCUCUCGCCCUCUCACCUCGUCGUGGCCCCUGCCCGCUUGGCGCCACGCUUCCCUUCGGAGCCCCUUCCCUCUGCCAUUG